AAUGCUUACAUUACAAAUAAUCUACCACAAUCUUCCACAUACGAAAGAGCAAGGGUGCAAUAUAUAGGAGCUUCGUUUAAAUCUCCGAAAUUUGAUCAAGGAUCUAUUAUCGAAGCCGCGGGGAUAUUAUUACGAAUUACCAGUUCGAAUUUCAUCAUGACGAUUCAUUUUUUUAAAAUUUACCUAAAAAUAAGUUAAACGUGCGUCAAAUGCUUCGUUUACUCGGAGAUCAGUUUCUUGUGAUCGUUAUUUACAACUCGAGACACUACUUCCAGUAGAUUGCAAAUUUACUCAAUGAUUAAUUCAAAUGUCUGAUAAUGAGUUUUGAAUUUGAUUUAUCCCGUUUAUUCGAUAGUUGCGGAGGUUCUAAUCUCUGUAUAAUUGUGUGGCGACAGAGACUGUCAUAAAUUAUAAGUGUUGUUAUUUUAUUUGAGAGGGAAAUGAAAAUUAAUGACGAUAUGGAGGGAAAAAUGUAUUUUUGCCAUGUACGGCGCAAUUUUCAAAGGCAGAAUUUUUAUAAUUGUCGAAUCCCUCUCGAAAUACGAUGGCAUGGCGUUGCAGUGGAACAACAAAUCAAGAGAUGAUAGCGAAACUGAAACAAAGUACAAUUUUAACAUCGGAGAGAGCUGAGGCCGCGAUGCUCGCAAUUGACAGAGGAAAGUACUGCCACGAAUCCGAUCCAUACCUGGACCGCCCCAGGAGAAUAGGCUACAACGUAACCAUCAGUGCCCCCCACAUGCACGCUUAUGCGCUAUCGAUACUCACAGAGCACCUGAAGGAGGGAUCCAGAGCCCUGGACGUGGGUUCUGGUUCUGGUUAUUUGACUGCUUGCAUGGGGUUCAUGGUGGGAGCUACAGGAAGAGUUAUUGGGGUCGAGCAUAUUCCUGAGCUCGUGGAGAUUGGGGAGAGAAACGUCAGGGAAGAUUGUCCAGAGUUCAUUGACGAUGGACGAAUCAAGUUUGUGGAGGCUGACGGACGAGCCGGAUACCCCCAGGCAGCUCCUUACGAUGCCAUCCACGUGGGAGCUGCUGCUGAAAAAAUUCCUGAUGAGUUGGUGAAACAAUUAGCUGCUGGGGGUCGUCUCAUCCUUCCAGUGGUGACCAUCGAGGGCUUCGAAAAGUACCAGGACCUGGUGCAGAUCGAUAAAGACCAGGAUGGCACCGUUAAAACCAAAAAGCUCAUGCACGUCUCUUACGUACUCCUCACUGAUCCCAAUACUCAAUUACAUCAUUAGAAUUUGAAGCUGUUCCCCUUCCC